AUGGCAACAUUCGCCACCAACGGACAGCUAACCACGUUACCGGGGCUUUUAACCACCCCCUAUCAACUCUCCACUCGCCGUAAAUAUCCUGCCCCUUCUUCCUCUCAGGAACUCCGCUACAACGCUCCUCCUGCUUCCCCUCGCUUCCCAUCUCUUAAAUAUUGCUACACCUCACCUAACCGGAACACAGAGCCUUCGUCUAAGGAUCAUCUCCUAAAAGCGUUGGGGAAGUCUCUCGUCUUCGGCUCGAUUUCGUCGAUUUUCAGCGGCGGAGGAGGAGGAGGAGGAGGCCACGGAGACGGUGGCGUCUGGAGGGACUUGUUCUCUCUGGCGACUCCAGUGGCCGCCGCGGACGAGAAACACUCACCGGAUUGGGAUUCUCACGGUUUACCGGCGAACAUUGCUGUUCAGCUGAACAAGCUCAGCCGCUUCAAAAAGUACAAAAUCUCCGAUGUUCUCUUCUUUGACCGGCGGAGCAAAACCACCGCCUCCGCGGAAGACUCCUUCUCCGAGAUGGUACCGAUUCAUCCCGGAGAAGCCUACACAAAAGCUCAACUUCAGAAGGAGCUUAAAGCCCUAGCUUCUUCAGGUAUGUUCGAAAAAGUCGAUCUCUUGGGGAACACGAAACCUGACGGAACCCUAGGUCUCACAAUCUCCUUCGUGGAGAGCAUGUGGAAAUCAGCGGAGAGGUUCCGUUGCAUCAACGUGGGGCUACUGACACAGCCUAAGCCGAUAGCUACUGAUGCAGACAUGACGGAUAGAGAGAUGAUUGAGCAUUUAAGGAGCCAAGAGAAGGAGUACAAAAGGAUGAUCGGGAAGGCGAGACCUUGUAUACUUCCUGGACAGGUUCAACGAGAGGUGAUGCUUAUGCUUAAGGACCAAGGCAAGUUAAGUGCGAGGCUUCUAAGGAGGCUUGGUGAUCGAGUUGAGAAAUGGUAUCAUGACAAUGGGUACGGGUUUGCUAGAGUUGUCAACUUUGGGAACUUGAACAGUAAGGAACUUGUCUGUGAAGUUGUGGAAGGAGACAUAACAAGGGUUGUUAUCCAGUUUCGUGAUAAGCUUGGUAAUGUCGUUGAAGGUAACACACAGCUUCCUGUCAUCCAUAGGGAAAUUCCCAAACAGCUUCGUCCAGGUCAUGUGCACAACAUGAACGCUGCGAACCAAGCUCUGAAUAACAUAAAUUCUUUAAAGGUAUUCUCUAGCGUCGAGAUCAAUCCACGUGCAGAUGAGAAAAACGAAGGAGGUGUAGUUGUUGAGAUCAAUCUUAGGGAGGCAGAUCAAAAAUCAGCAGAAGUCACUACAGAAUGGAGUAUUGUUCCUGGACCUGGAGGAGCUCCUUCUUUGGAGUCGUUCCAGCCGGGUGGAUCUGUUAGUUUGGAACAUAAAAACAUCAAGGGUCUUAACCGGUCUCUCAUGGGUUCAUUGGCCACUAGCAACCUCUUGAGUCCUGAGGAUGAUCUUGGGUUUAACCUUGAGUAUGUACACCCAUAUCUAGACGGUGUUUACAGUCCUCGAAACCGUGUCUUCAAAACGAGUGCCUUCAACAGUAGAAAACUUAGCUCAGUGUUCACUGGGGGACCUGGAUUUGAGGAUGUAGUGCCUCCAAUGUUGGUGGACCGAGCUGGUCUGAAAGCUAAUAUUACUGAGAGCUUCACCCGUCAGAGUAAAUCUACAUACGGACUUGUGUUGGAAGAAAUAACAACCCGAGAUAGAAAUUUUGAAAUCUCUACAAAUGGUCUGAGGUUAUUACCUAGUGGAGGAACCAGUGUUGAUGGUCCUUCAACAACUCUAAGUGGCACUGGUAUUGACCGUGUAGCGUUUCUACAAGCGAACGUAACAAGAGACAACACCAAGUUUGUGAAUGGUGCUAUUGUUGGAGAUAGGAGUGUCUUUCAGGUGGAUCAAGGAUUGGGUAUAGGAAGCAAGUUCCCAGUCUUCAACCGUCACCAACUAAGUCUGACAAAAUUCAUUCAGCUGAAGCGUGUUAAAGAAGGAAAAAGUAAGCCACAACCACCAGUGCUAGUCCUCCAUGGCCGUUACGGUGGCUGUGUAGGUGAUCUUCCAAGCUACGAAGCUUUUUCUAUUGGUGGACCUCACUCGGUGAGAGGCUACAGCAUGGGAGAGCUUGGUGCAGCGAGAAACAUUCUCGAGUUAAGUGCUGAGAUUAGAGUCCCUGUGAAGAACACACAUGUGUAUGCAUUUGCUGAGCAUGGAAACGACUUAGGGAGCUCAAAGGACGUGAAAGGGAACCCAACGGAGGCUUACCGGAGAAUGGGACAUGGCUCAUCGUAUGGUGUUGGUGUGAAACUCGGUCAAGUACGAGCUGAGUAUGCUGUCGAUCACAAUCGUGGAACUGGCGCUUUCUUUCUCCGGUUUGGAGAGAGGUAUUAA